AUGGCAUCCUGGAAGGUCUUAGGAGGACUAUCGACUCUUACUCCACUAAGGGCGGAAUUGUGUUGUCGUAAGGAUGGCCAUCUAAAGCGUAAAUAUCUUGGCAGCAGAAGGGUUUCUGACAUACUGCUGUGGAGGGAUAAAAGGCAAACACUGGCAACUAUAUUAGUUUUGUGGGCCACUUACUCCUACUUUGUAGCGUCCGGGUAUACCAUCAUUAUUGCAGUUUCCAAACUUCUUGUGGGGGCAUCCAUCUUAUUAUUCCUCCAUGGGAUAUCACAGAGAAAAAUAUUGGGAUAUCCAAUAAAGAAAGUUCCAGAGUCGAAAUUUCAUUUUUCAAAAGAGAAGUCACAUAAAGAUGCCUUAUUAAUGGCUUCAUCAUGGGAUUAUGCAGUGAAUGGUUUAAAAUCACUUUGCUGUGGGAAUGAGUGUUUGGCAGGCUUCAAGGAUGCAGCAAUAGCUAGUGGUGCAGGAGAAGCUCGACUCAAGUCUAGAUCACAAAAACAAGCUGCUUCUGUUAACAACAAAGGGAAGCUUCCAUGUGAGCCAUCAACUAGUUUCCGCUUGCUUGAUGAGUAGGAUGUGGAAGUUGAAUUUGAAUUUGAGGGAGGGAAUCAUAGUACCAAAGCUGACGAGUUUAAUGUUGAUCAUCUCGAAGAUAAUAAAGAUUAAAACUUGGAGAUGACGUUACUGUUAAUUUGUUUCUUUACAUUUGCUGUACUUAUUUCGUUUCCCUGUUAUGUUGUUCGAGACUUUGAGUAGUUAAUUACUAUGGUUUGAUGGACUUAUUUGC